AGAGUCCCGACCCAGCAGAUCGGUCCGCGGAGUCUCAGGGAGGGGAACCCAGGAGCCCCCACCACGCCCCCAGGCACGCCGGGACUGCGCGUCGGGCCCCGCCCCGCGCGCCGCGCCUUAAAGGGCUCGAAGGCCGGGGCGCACCGCGGUGGCCACGGUCAUGGAGGGUGCGUUUGCUGUAAACUGGAGCGCUGAGGCGGUCAACGGGAGCGCGGCGCCGCCCGGAACCGGGGGCAACCGCACCGCCGGGCCGCCACAGCGCAACGAGGCCCUGGCGCGGGUGGAAGUGGCCGUGCUGUGCCUCAUUCUGUUCCUGGCGCUGAGCGGCAACGCGUGCGUGCUGCUGGCGCUGCGCACCACGCGCCACAAGCACUCGCGCCUCUUCUUCUUCAUGAAGCACCUGAGCAUAGCCGACCUGGUGGUGGCGGUAUUCCAGGUGCUGCCGCAGCUUCUGUGGGACAUCACGUUCCGCUUCUACGGGCCCGACCUGCUGUGCCGCCUCGUCAAGUACCUGCAGGUGGUGGGCAUGUUCGCGUCCACCUACCUGCUGUUGCUCAUGUCGCUUGACCGCUGCCUGGCCAUCUGCCAGCCGCUGCGCUCGCUGCGCCGCCGCACCGACCGCUUGGCGGUACUCGCCACAUGGCUCGGUUGCCUGGUGGCCAGCACGCCGCAGGUGCAUAUCUUCUCGCUGCGCGAGGUGGCGGACGGCGUCUUCGACUGCUGGGCCGUUUUCAUCCAGCCCUGGGGGCCCAAGGCCUACAUCACGUGGAUCACGCUCGCCGUCUACGUUGUGCCGGUCAUCGUGCUUGCCGCCUGCUACGGCCUCAUCAGCUUCAAGAUCUGGCAGAACUUACGGCUCAAGACGGCGGCGGCGGCGGCCGAGACUGCCGCUGGGGCUGAGGGCGCGGCAGCAGACUGCGGGGGGCGCGCGGCUCUGGCCCGCGUCAGCAACGUCAAGCUCAUCUCUAAGGCCAAGAUCCGCACGGUCAAGAUGACCUUCAUCAUCGUGCUGGCCUUCAUCGUGUGCUGGACGCCGUUCUUUUUCGUGCAGAUGUGGAGUGUGUGGGAUGCCAAUGCGCCCAAGGAAGCCUCAGCUUUCAUCAUCGCCAUGCUCCUGGCCAGCCUCAACAGCUGCUGCAACCCCUGGAUCUACAUGCUCUUCACAGGCCACCUCUUCCAAGAACUUGUGCAGCGCUUCCUCUGCUGCUCAUUCCGCUGCCUGAAAGGCAGCCGGCCUGGGGAGACGAGCAUCAGCAAAAAGAGCAACUCGACCACCUUUGUCCUGAGCCAGCACAGCUCCAGCCAGAGGAGAUGCUCACAGCCAUCCACGGUGUGACUGAUGGGGCCAGGACCGCCCUCCUUGGCUUGGACUGUGCGGCAGUGACAGUCUGGUUCUUGGUGGCUGUGUACAUGUGUGUAUAAGCUUGGAUGACACCUCCCCAUGAAGCUGGCUCUUGAUGUUCCAAGUGCCUUCCUCUCUCGACCUCCCAUGACCCUACAACUGAUGCUGAGUUACGGUGUUCACCACCUCCUCCUAUACAUUCUCAUUAAUGUAGCCUCAUCUACUCUGUUGGGUUGGAUUCUUCUCAAGAGGAAGCCCCAGGGACAAGCUUCCAGGAUAUCCCUGGACCCCAAGCACAGCACGGGCAUCGGGCAAGCACCUCUUUCAGGUGUCUGGUCAGUUUCCCUGCAUCCUUCUUCAGUCCAGCCAUCACCCAAGGCCCCUGCCGCAUGAAGGAUGAAGACUCUGAAUCCUCAGGUGGCAGGGUCUGUGCAUUCGUUUAUCAUCCACCAACUCAUCUCAAAAUUUGCCAAGAGCUAGGAUAAACAGAUCGGACUCAGCGGAUGGAUGGGAACCACAGAUGAGGAAUGCAUCAUCUCAGCAAAUGCUUACCGAGCUGUGGGUCAUUACUGGUGCUGAGGAUGCAGCGGAGAAGCAGGUAGUAAUUUGUUUCAAGAAAUGGAGCCGGUGCCAUCCACCAUCAACCACAUGGAUGUCAUCACAUCCCAUCUAUGAAUGAAGAUGCGGUCAGAGACCAGGGAGUCUCCUGUCUUCUGGCAGCAUCCAUGAAAAUGUCAGGCUAACUAGUGAGUUGGAUCCGGUGGUGCACUGGUCACCUCACCCCUGGGGUCAUCGAAGAGCUUGCACAUGGUGUAGACCUACGGCCACUGGCAAGUGCUGCAGAGAAGAUGAAAAAAACUCAUCUGAAUAAUAUCAGAAGUGCAGAACAAUGGGCUGAUGAAAUCAUGGCACGAUAAUGUUGACUGUGCAUUCAUUCAUUCAUCACAUAUUUAUGGAGCACCUGCUACUUGCCAGGCCCUGUUCAGGGUGCUCGGCAUGCAUCAGGGAACGAAACAGACAAAAAUAUGCCCGGAGGGGUCUUAUAUCCUGAUUAUAGGGUGGUGAGAUAUUAAAUAAAACAGUAAGAUAGUU